GAGGGAGGACUGCGCUGGGUGCCUCUCGGACAGGCUGGGAAUUGGUUACAGCACGCGGAGUGUUCUUCCCCAGGACGACUAAAGGAACUAUAGCAACAUGCCCUCCGAUAAGAAGGACGAUGGCGGAUGGAAGAAGUUCCUGUGGAAUUCGGAGACAGGGGAGCUGCUCGGCCGUACCGGGGGCAGCUGGUUCAAAAUUACGCUGUUCUAUGUUAUAUUCUACGGCUGCCUGGCUGGGAUCUUCAUUGGCACCAUCCAAGCAAUGCUGCUCACUCUGAGUGAAUACAAGCCCACCUGGCAGGACAGAGUUGCACCCCCUGGCCUUACACACACCCCACGGUCAGAUAAAGCUGAGCUUGCCUUCAACCCCAGAGCUGUGGAGACCUUCCUGCCUCACACAAAGGCUCUGAGGGAGUUCCUGAACAACUACGAUGAGAGUAAACAGAAAGACCAGAUGAAGUAUGAAGACUGUGGAGAUGAACCUGCAGACUACAAGAACAGGGGUGACUUGGACAGUGAUGUGGGUGUCCGAAAGGCCUGUCGCUUCCCCAGGGCCUUGCUGGGACCCUGCUCUGGCUUGGAGGACACCGAGUUUGGUUUCAAGGAGGGCAAACCCUGUUUGAUUGUGAAGCUCAACAGAAUUGUCAACUACCGCCCACGGCCUCCUACCUCUAAUGAGAGUAUUCCUGAGGAGGCUCAACCCAAGGUGCAGCCCAACGUGAUCCCCAUUUACUGCACCAGCAAGAAAGAGGAGGACGCUGAUAAGAUCGGAGAGAUUAAGUACUACGGCAUCGGUGAAGGGUUCCCCCUGCAGUAUUACCCCUAUUACGGCAAGAAGCUGCACCCGCAGUACCUGCAGCCGCUGGUGGCGCUGCAGUUCACCAACCUGACCCGGAACACUGAACUCCGCAUCGAGUGCAAAGUGUUCGGAGAUAACAUCGACUACAGCGAGAAGGACCGCUACCAGGGACGCUUUGAGAUCAAGAUCCAGGUUGACGAAUCAUGACCGCCAUCAGGACCAUAGCACUCCCCCGCCCCGUACCCCUUUAGUAUCAAUCAGUUGUAUGAGAUGAGAGGGGUAGGCUGUAGCUAUUAGCUCGUGUUGACUGAGUGAAGGGGAAAACGCUGUUAGGGACUGUUGUGUAAUCUGUCUGCUUUCAUCACUUGCUUCUAUAUUUCUGUCUAGCCUUAGAAUCAAAUUUAGGGGAAAGUAGCAAUAGGGCCAAUGAAAAUAUUUAGUGUGCUGUAAAUGAUACCUCUAAACAAGCCAUGGGACAUUUCCACUGAGUCCAUGUGCGCUGCAUAGCGAGCUGUCUGUCCCCUCUGCGUAUCGCUGCCUGUCUGGUUUUAGUAGCUAGUUUUUUGGAGUGUACAGAUCUGGUCCUUCCAACCUCAUCUUACUGUAUGAGCAAGCUUUAGCAGUGCCAGGCAUGUGUCUCAGACAUGUCCUUAAUAAUAAUAAUGAUAAUAAUAAUAAUAAUAACAAUAAUAAUAAUAAAAUGGUUCAUAGUUGUGAUCUAUGUAAGGAAAACGCUGCACUCCAGGAAACUUUUCCUCUUUAUUUCUUUUACAGCUGAUCAUGGGAGACCUCCUUAAAUCGUUCGAAUGUGUGAUUGGGUUUUCGGACUUUGUUUCAUGCCUUUUACUUGUGAUUCUACCUUGAAUGUAGACUCGUGUCCAGUGUGUUAGACCCUGGCCUGUUAUGAGGGCGAUGGUGCUAACUAAAGGGUUUGUUUUUUAUUUUGUUUUUGUUUUGUUUGCUGGAUUUCUCACGUUGUUGGCUAACUCUCUGAAUGUUUGAAACCAUGAAACAUGUUGGAAGAAUUUUAUAUUUAUGCAGUUGUACAUUUUAUUUCUUUGCUAAAUAUUGUAAUGUAUAAUGCAAUACCAAAGCGAUGAGUGUAAGAGAGUCUUUAUCAGAAGCAAUGCAGUAUGCCUUUCUAGGGUGUCACGUCGAGUGCUAAAGUCAGCGUCUUGCCUUGCGACCUUUAACGGUUAACUCUGAGUUUAUGUUCUGGCCGUGAAUGUAGGUAAGUGUGUAAUGAAGAGCUAACAGGCGGUUAACUUCCACAGUUCUGAUGUCCAUGCAUUUCCAAAAACAUUGAGUUCACGCAGAGCUCUGUGGCUUAGAUGAAUGAUGAUGUUGGCUUUAAUAUUCUGUAGGAUCUCAUGCUGAUGUAAAACAUUCGACCAUAAAUUUACCUCGAGUCAACUUUUCAUCUGUUCAUUUAAUCAGAUAGAAACCAAUAAAGUCCGACUGGACCUUUC